CUCCAGAGACGGAUACGGGUGACGGGAGAGGCAGAGGGCCCAGAGGACGAGUUCAGAGCAGAAGUGCGGGGGAGAUCAGACGGGCGUGUGGCGAGCACAGGAUCGGGCGUCGAUAUAGCGAAAAGUGUUCGGUGGAAGUUGUUCAGGCUUGGUCCAUAGUGAAAUUGAUUGCGAGCGGAGCCCUGAGCUGAGGUGCCCAGAGGAAGGAUUGCCUGGUUGUAAACUCUGGCCAUCGGCGAGUUGUGGAGGGAAUCAGCUUGUUCGUCGAAGCAUUGUGAUUGUGUUUGAGCUGAGUAUGAGAAGAUGACGCCCGGGUUGAUCAAUGCCAAUCCAGUUGUGCAUGAGACGAAAGCGCGUUCUGUCAGACAGGAGAGCACUGAUGAGACUAGUGUCGAUGAGUUUGAUGCGCUCGAGAUUUUCGAGCAUGUAAGAGACAUCACGGAUCCAGAGCAUCCGUACUCCUUGGAACAGCUUAAUGUGGUCUCGGAGGACGCGAUCGAUGUCGAUGACAAGUCCAGCCAUGUUACGGUUACGUUUACCCCCACUGUACAGCACUGCAGUAUGGCCACAGUAAUUGGGCUUUGUAUCAGAGUCAAGCUCAUGAGAUGUCUUCCGCCUCGUUUCAAAGUUGACAUCAGGGUCGCUCCUGGCUCCCAUGCCUCUGAAGCAGCAGGUGGUAGGGGGAGCCUCGUAUGAUACUCUUGUCAUACAAGGAUCAAAAGAGAUUACUUGGGUUCGUCCAGGUAGCGGCAAUCGUUUUUUUAAUCAGAUUUUUCAACAUGAUGUACAUACUUCAGUCAAAAAAAUCCCUCCGACUUAAAAGUGAACAAGCAGCUAAAUGACAAAGAAAGAGUGGCUGCAGCCCUAGAAAAUCCUCAUCUCGUGGAAAUGGUCGAAAGAUGUCUACAGGAAAGGGAAGGCUAGAUGUAGAAUACGUAAAAUUUCAAUUACUGUAGUCAGCUUAGUUAUAGGAUACAGCGUUUUGUUAUCAAGGUAUUAUAAGAAAAUCCAACUGAUUAUAAAAGCGCAAGACCUCUGACCUCUUUCAGUUCUUGACUUGAUUGCAAUAUCUUGUCAAACUGAUCAGUCAUUAUGCCGUUGACUUAGCAAGUUCGGUUCAAGGCAUGAGGUAGGAUGUACUGAGGAGCUUGCUGAACACACGUAUGCUCUGGGCGUGUAUGCCUUCCUUAGGUUUUCUUUUACAUGCUGUCCAUCUUACGAUCUUCGAUGAAGACAUCAAGUUUCUUGUUGACAGCAAUGUUACAGUUUCCUGAGUUUCCUGGCAAUUAGUAAUCGACAUUGGUCAUGUUUGGCUAUUUAGCAACAGGAGUCGUACAGGUCGAACAAAUGUACUUUAGAAGCUACGAAGCGGGUGUGUGGGGACUCGCGCUAUCUGUAUAAGAGAUCUAUCUCAUGUAAUUGAGUAUACAAGCACAGAAUCAAGAUCUUACGGAUGAAAGAGUC